GUUCUGGUUUUUAUUGACAAAAACCUUCACCAGCCCAUGUAUCUACUUUUUUGCAACCUGCCCUUUAAUGAUAUUCUUGGAAACUCUAUCUUGAUACCCCGUUUGCUUAUGGACAUGUUGAGGCCUCCCUCUGAACGCAUCAUCAGUUAUUAUGAAUGUGUGAUCCAAGCGUUUACCUCACAUAUGUUUGGUACCGCUAGUAUGACAGUGCUCAUGAUUAUGGCUUUUGAUAGAUAUGUGGCUAUCUGUAAUCCUCUGCGCUAUGCUGCCAUAAUGACAAACAAGAUGGUGAUCAAGCUGACAGUUUCUGCCUGGGGAGUAGCCUUGGUUAUGGUCGGGAUUCUUCUCGGUCUGACCAUACGACUGAACCGAUGCAGGACUAUGAUUGAAAGCCCUUACUGUGACAAUGCCGGGCUGUUUAAAUUAUCCUGUGAGAGUGUGUUUAUUAAUAAUGUCUAUGGCCUCACUUUCACUGUAGUUCUUUUCACAGCUUCAAUUGGGAGCACAAUAAUCACCUAUACUAAGAUAACUGUAGUCUGUCUCACCAGUAAUAACAAGUCUCUGAACAGUAAAGCUCUGAAAACCUGCAGCACUCACCUGGUUGUGUAUAUGAUCAUGAUUUUUAGUGGAAUGUCUAUUAUUGCUCUGCAUCGCUUCCCUCAGUACUCUGACCACAGAAAACUCUGUAGCAUUUUAUUUCAUAUUGUUCCCGGCAGCCUCAACCCCAUCAUUUAUGGUAUGCAGUCAAAAGAGGUACGGAGAUUCUUGACUAAGUGGUUACAGCCCAAGAAAAUUAUACCAUCCUUGUAA